UCAGGCAGUGAGCAUUCAACAUGGCGGACAGCGCUAGCGAGAGCGACACGGACCCGGCGGGCACUUCGUCCGCCCUGCCACCCGCCCCAACCCCCACCCCUGCUGCCUCCUCCAAGGCCGGCAUUGUGAUCUCGGCCUCCAAGCUGGAGGAACUGAGCAACCGGCUCGCGUCGCUGCAGCAGGAGAACAAGGUGCUGAAGAUCGAGCUGGAGACCUACAAGCUGAAAUGCAAGGCCCUGCAGGAGGAGAACCGCGACCUGCGCAAGGCCAGCGUCACCAUCCAAGCAAGGGCUGAACAGGAGGAAGAAUUCAUCAGCAACACCUUGUUUAAGAAGAUUCAAGCUUUGCAAAAAGAGAAAGAAACACUAGCUGUAAAUUAUGAGAAAGAAGAAGAAUUUCUAACAAAUGAACUCUCCCGCAAGCUGAUGCAGUUGCAGCAUGAGAAAGCUGAACUGGAACAGACACUGGAGCAGGAACAGGAGUUUCAAGUAAAUAAAUUGAUGAAAAAGAUCAAGAAAUUGGAAAAUGAUACACUUUCAAAACAAUUUACACUUGAACAGCUACGACAUGAGAAAAUUGACCUUGAAAAUACCCUGGAACAAGAACAAGAAGCAUUAGUAAAUAGACUAUGGAAACGAAUGGACAAACUGGAAGCUGAGAAGCGAAUUCUGCAGGAGAAGCUUGACCAGCCUGUGUCAGCCCCGCCAUCACCGAGGGAUAUUUCCAUGGAAAUAGACUCUCCAGAAAACAUGAUGCGACAUAUCAGAUUUUUGAAGAAUGAGGUGGAGAGGCUAAAAAAGCAACUCCGAGCAGCCCAGUUACAACAUACAGAGAAAAUGGCACAGUAUUUGGAAGAAGAACGUCACAUGAGGGAAGAGAAUCUGAGGCUCCAGCGUAAACUGCAACGGGAGAUGGAAAGGAGAGAAGCCCUCUGCAGACAGCUGUCUGAAAGCGAGUCCAGUUUAGAAAUGGACGAUGAAAGAUACUUUAAUGAGAUGUCUGCUCAAGGACUCCGACCUCGCACUGUAUCCAGCCCUAUCCCCUACACACCAUCUCCAAGUUCCAGCAGGCCUAUAUCUCCUGGUCUGUCUUAUGCAAGCCACAGUGUUGGUUUUACACCGCCCACUACCUUGACACGUGCUGGAAUGUCCUACUACAACGCGCCUGGUCUUCAUGUACAGCAUAUGGGAACUUCUCAUGGCAUUGCGAGGCCUUCCCCAAGAAGGAGCAACAGCCCUGACAAAUUUAAACGUCCAACACCUCCACCCUCCCCAAACACACAGACAGUGGUUCAGCUGCCACCACCACCACCUCCACCAUGCCAGCCAGCCCACUCCCAGCCUUCAACGUAUCCUCCUCCUCCUCCUGCUCCUCAGCCAUAGAACGUGCGUGCUGUGAAGCAGCUGAUCCGGAGUGGAUUGAUGACAUAAAAAGCAGCUUACUAAAGCCAAAGGCUUAACUGGCAUCUUUUGGAUUUGACGUACUUGCACUGAGAUUAUAUCGGCUUCACCGCUAACUGUGUUGUAAAUGUUUGUCUGGAGGGCAGCCAGUGUUGUUUGUCCACAACACUAAUUUACUACAUUUUGUCAGUGUUGACUGGAACCUCAUGCAAAAUCCUCAUUUUGUUGCUAAGUAUCUGCCACAUCCAUUCGGCGAUAACAAUCCACGAUUUGAAUGUUCGAGCGGGCAAGGAGCUUGAUAGCUUCUUUCCACCCAAGUUGUAAAAAGAAGAGACCUUUCCAUUGAUUUCAUUACAGAUUUUGCAGUAAUUACAAGCAUGAUGUGUCUUGUUUUCCAGACUGUGUUUAUGCUUCAAUGUUAAUGCCUUAUUGUCUUGUUGGGUUUUGCCAAGCAUAUACAGAAUUAGCACUACAUUUUGAAACAAAAUGAUGGGAAAAGUUUUAAUGGUAUUGUUUGACACAUCCUGCACCAUCACUGAAUUGAAUGUUUACCAGUGGUAUGAUUUGUGUCCAAAUAAGCAGGAUAUAAGCUUAAUACAGAUUCAGUAUUGAAUUUCUGUGAUGUGCUGUGACUGCUGUUUUUUUUUUUUAAACAAGAAUUCCAGUUCUGGCAAAUCUGUACCAUUUGGCAGGGAUUACUUCUAAAAUUGAUUAUUUUGAUUUAUUAUAGAUCAGGCUUAUGGCAAAAUGAAAUAUAACCUUUUUGCAUUUCAAUCUAAGAUCAAAAUUUCUUUAUGUAAUCUGUAACCUUCAUAGGUUUAAUGUCUGUGGGCUUUGUAGAUAGUAAAUCAUUAGACGAACAUGCUGCCGUGAUUCGAGCGAAUGUUGUCUGCUGUAAAAUACCUGCUUUUGGCGACAAGUAAUCAUCAGCUGAAAUAUUGCCUUCUGCAAAUUUGUGUUUAAAAGAACAAAGUUUGUCUUUGCUGCCAACUCAGCUUUUCAGAAGAGUACGAAGAGGUAAUUUAGAAAUCGGGUUUGAGCAGACAUUCUUUGUGGUGUAAUCUGCUAACCCAGGUGGUAACAUUUUCAGAUUUCAAGGUAUAAUGCUGUCGUAACCAAAUAAUUCUGUACUGCUGUGGUAGAUGUGGGGCAGGCUGUGGAGAGUACAAGUUCUUGGCUGUAAUGAAAAGUUCAAUAAUACAUGCACCGGUACACUGUAUAACAGGGAGAAAUCGUACAAAUACAGUUUUCCGUUCCUCCAACUAAAAUAAAUUGUAUGGUUUGGCUUUGCAGCAGCAUUAAUAA